AAACGAAAAAGUAUGGCUGCCACCUCGGCGCAGGUGCCUUCGACCGAAGACGACGAAGCUUGGUUAUAUGGCGAUGAAAACAAAGCACCUAAAGGUGAUGAAUCUAGCUCCAAGGUCACAGAGAAUGGUGAUACAAAUGAGAACAAGUCAGCUAUAAAGUCAAGGGAGGGAAGCAAAGAACCAGGGAAGAAAGAUGACAAAGAAGAAGGAGAAAUGAGUGGGGAGGAAAAAGAAGAGGAGGACGAUUCUGAUGAUGAUGAUGUCCAGGUUACCAUUGGCGACAUUAAGACUUGGACAGCCAGCGACACUCCCCGUAACUUGUUCAAAGGUGGUACUGCUUACCAAAAAACUGGUGCCGGUGGAACUUCAGUACAAAAAGGAGCAUCUGGUAAAGGCCUCGACAUCGAAGCACAAGGAACAAUAAAUGGAGUUCCUGUUUAUGAAUUUGAUCUCAGCAGUUUGAAAACGGAAGAUAAACCUUGGAAUAAACCUGGUGCUGACAUAACUGAUUACUUCAACUACGGCUUCACUGAGGAAACAUGGGAACUGUACUGUGAGAAACACAACCGACUGCGAGCUGACAAUCAUGCUCCUCUUGGCGGUACCAAAACUAGUUCUCACUCAGUCUCUGGUGGCACUAGAAGUUUUGAAAAACGAGACAAAGAUUCAAGUCAGAUAGGAUCAAGUAUACCUACAACAUCACAAGUAGGAAAACGAUUCAACACUAACGUUCCCACACGUAAGAUGAGUGGGACUAUUGAUGUUAUAGGCAGCACUGCGCGUAGUUCACGGCGCCCGGGAGAUCAUGAAAGCUCAGAAGAUUAUCGGAAGUAUAACCAGACAUCUGUCCCGCCACCGGGAGUACCAGACUACUCGAUGCCACCGCCGGGAAUGCCACCCCCUGGUGUCCCUCCACCGGGAGUUGCUCCAUCUGCUGUACCUCCGCCUCCUGGUGUUACCGUUUCUGGUGCCACGUACGUUGGAACUGACCCAUACGAUCCUUACUACGCUACUGUAACAACUGACAGAAGUCAGCCACCUCCAGGUUUUACGGUCCCGACUUACAAUUACGACUCGACUCACAGUUCUUACGGAAUCUCGUACACUGAACCACACCAUGCAAACUGGGAAUCCAGUUAUGAAGAUCGUUGGCGACACAGAGAGCUCAGUCCUGAAGCUGAUCUGUAUGGAAGGGACCGCGACUCCUACCGGCGAGACAGGGGAGAUCGUGACCGCGAGCGUGAUCGAGACCGGGAUUCACACCGAGAGCGAGGCAGAGACCGGGAGCGGGAUCGAGAACGCAGAGACAGAUCGAGGUCAGGUGACAGAGACUCCUCCAGACACAGAACCAGAAGGAAGAAGGAAGAUGAGGCAGACCACCACAAGUCAAAACACCGUAGCAAGAGCAAGAAGAAGCGCGACAAAGAUGACCCGGACUCUUCGCAGCCGAACGACGACAGUGAAACCAAGGACUGAAUCACGCAGAGAUCUUUUACAUGUUCCUCAUCUCUCACGGAAAUUACACCACACAUUGCCAACAUGAUGAACAUAGCGGAACACAACUGUGUAUUAGUUACAGAACAAAAAUUUAUUGUACAUACACAGUACACAUUUCCAAGAUAAUACAUACGGUUUAACAAACCCAUGAAAAAGCUGCACAAAUUCUGUUUAAAGAUCAUUUGACCAAAUAUUGUUCUGAACAUCAAGGUUAAAUAAAAAAAUUCUUUGCCUAAAGUGAAGACUGCUUCAUGUCAUAGUUUUUUUGUUUAGUGAAAAAUAUAUUCUGUUUGAUAAUCAAUGGCUUCAACCAUGGUAAAACUGAAUACUGUCACAUAUGUAGGAUUAAUAGAAUCUAUCACCGUUGUGAGGUAUAGAUAAGGCAAUUCCAACCCGAGGGACAAAAUGUUUUUUGUAAACCUCUGCCCUUACAAAAACAUUUUGUCCCGAGGGUUGGAAUUGCUUUAUCUAUACCUCGCAACAGUGAUUGAUUCUUUUUCUUACCCAUUUAAUUACAGUAACAAAUCAUUAAUUUUGUAAGCUACGGUUUGUUUAUUAUAGAAUGAUUCGUUUAUUGUAGAACGAUUCGUAACAAACUCAUUUAAUCAUACAGGGGAAAAUAGAGUCCACAUUAUGCAACAACAUAAAAGUGUAACAACUUGCCAAUAAAUAUAAAAAUUAAAAGAUUAAUUUGUUUAAAUAUUGUUAAAACAAUGAUACAAUGUGAAAUGGCAAACCGAAUUUUGAAAAACAUGAGUUAUGACGUCAUGCAUAUGUAGAUAUCCUCCAGCACCAGUGUGCUAGACAGAUUUAUCUAGCACCGUGCAAAAGCUGGCUAAUUGUCCAGUGGGCAAGAAACCAGUAUGCUGUAUUUUAAAUAUUUUGUACUUGCGCUGUUGACUAUGAAUUUUAAUGUUCAAAGUAGACUCCAAAUAAUGUGUUACUUGUUCGAUAUAACAAACUUUAUUGAAAUGUAAAAACAUUUUUUUUAUAUUGUUGAAACAGGAUGUAAUGUUAAUAUUCAGUUUAUGCCUGUUGUUUUACUACCUGCUGUCCCAAAAUUGUUUUCAUUUCAACUAGAUUUUUAUGAUCAUAUUGAAUGAAGGUUCAAGCUUGAUGUCCUUGGCCACAUCUUGCUGUGUGGUGUUUCCAGUACAGUCAAAUCUGAUAACACAAAUACAUCCAAUACAACACACGGUUUUAAAAACAGUAAUGUCAAACCUUCAUACAAAGAAGAAAGGCACUGGUUAGGUCUAAAAUAGAUUUCAUGCCAAGUGUCGUUGGAACAUUGGUAUUAAGGGCUUAAUAUGCCAGUGAUGGGUGCGGGAGGGAGGUGGGAAGCAGAGGAGUGUUGGGUCAGAGGUUGACUAGUUAGGGUAGAAUGGUUGCAAUGGUGUAGGAAAAAUGUGUUAAUAUUCAGGGUAUGCAGAUAUGGUAAAUCCACUUUGCUUGUUCAUAAAUAAUUUAAACUGUUGCAGUUCAGAACAAGUUCAUGAUUCAGUCAAUGAUUCAACAGUAUCUUGUAUUUGUUUUUAAAUAUUUUACUAGUGGUGUAUAAUGUAUAUGAUUUAAACUGUAGUGUUACAUGGAAAUGAGUAAUCCAAUAUGACAUGGUUCAUCUUCAUUAAAAUUCAUUGUGA